AUCAAAAAUAAGGCUGAUCGUCACACGAAUCCAUAUUCAAGAUCUUGCUCUACAACCUCUUGAUCGGGACGGGUUACCCCGCCUGAGCUUAUCCUUGAGUUCCUGGGGCUUUGAGGCUCCUAGGCACACCGCAGACAAGGCUGUGGGCUAUACCUACCAACCACAACCAACAACGCCCAUCAUAUGAGCACCGGCAGUGGGACGUUGGAUCUUCGAAUCAAACACCUGAAAUCUUCAUCGGCUCACAGUAGCUACCUUGCGUUUGGGGGAUACCCUCCAAGCUGGGCACUUGGGCAAAAUGCUGCAUUCAUGUUCGUCAUUGACUUACCCAUGAGCCUUCUUGCUGAUGGACAUUAAAUACUCCGUACAGUGGUUGUCACGCGUCCGGUCACGCAGCCAAAGAGCUGCCAUCAUCUCCGCCCGAUUGGCCAAGCCAGCAACCCGCAUCAAUAUUAUCGCAGACCGACGAAUCAGCCUGGUAGAGUGAGGCAGCAACAAGGCCCCCCCAGGCGUUACACCGAUCUUUCCACGGACGUCAUUCAUGAAAACUUCGUUUACUCCUGAAGGCUUCUGAAUUUACUUUCAAAUACAAACAUUGCGGAGAACUAUGAAGAAGGUAAUGAAUAUGAUGCAGAGAAAGGGACAGCGGUGUAGUCCACGAGUGGAAGAAGUUGAGGGUAGUAGGCCGAUUUCUACGUCCCCUACAACCCUUUGCUCAGCUUGCACCAGCCUCAUAUAUCCUCACCCUAUGGACCUUAGGGUGAAGCGAUAUGGGGCGUUUAGGUUAUGCCACCAUGAUCAGCUGUCCUUUCGAGACGCCGUGCAAAACGGCUGCGCGAUCUGCUGCAUUGUCAUGCAAGACGUCAGACUUCGUGGGCUCAGAAAGGGGAAACAAAAGUCAGGGGUAGAACCAGACUGCCACUUUCCUGACACUACAUCAUCUACAAUCACCAGUGGACCAGAAGAUAGGAUCAAACAUGGCAAGCACAUUUUCAUUGCUACAUACCGGAACGAGCAUGAAUACACCUUCACCAGCCUCACUUUGGUCCCAGAUUUUGAUAAUUUGCGGGCUCAUCACAUGCACCGAGAUAUAUCGCGGGACAAUGAUACAUCAACGGGGACAAGUCCAACCAUGCGCCUGGUCAUUCAUUGGCUUAGACAUUGUCAAACAUCUCAUAAGGAAUGCGCAUCAACACUGGAACCCUCGGGUCACAAUACAGCUAACCUUCCUUCGCGGCUUCUGGAUAUCGGACCCGAAGCGACUGGAAGCUUGAGACUCGUGUUAACCGGAGAGGACGGGGUGGACGCCCGAGCCCAGUACAUUACUCUGAGCUACAUGUGGGGGGUAAAGAUUCAGCGGGUCAUGCUUUUAUCUUCAACCUUAGACUCCUUCCGCCAGGGACUGCCGAUCAGUGAGCUUCCUCGAACAUUUCAGGAUCUGAUUGUGCUUGCCCGGGCAUUCGGCGUUCGUUACAUGUGGAUCGAUGCCCUCUGCAUCAUCCAGGACUCUACUGAAGACUGGGAGCACGAAGGCGCCGCCAUGUGGAAGGUUUACGCGAAUUCGCUUUGCACAAUUGCAGCUACCGCCUCUACAAGUCCAGAAGAUGGCUUGUUUCGGAAGAAAGACCCCGUACCAUUCACUCGACAGAUCAAGGCUCCUAGCGGACAUCCAUGUCGCGACAAUCAUGAUUACCAUGUUCUCAAUCCAGGCUUCGCAGAAAGGUGUAUUUCCAGUGGGCCAUUACAGUCAAGAGGCUGGGCAUUCCAGGAGCGAAUCAUGUCGCCACGGGUUCUUCAUUUUACAGACAGCCAGAUGCUGUGGGAAUGUCGCAAAGAGACCCAGUGCGAAGCAGCUCCUUUCUAUACGACUCUUCUAUCCCAGAAGAGCACAAAAGGGUCAAUCCAACAUCAAGGAAUGAGGAACAGACUGGAAGUGACUGCGGACCACGACGCGGAAUCGUCUGCCUCCUUAUCUUCGUCGACACCUGCGAGAAACCAUGUUGGGAAAGAAUAUGAUGUGUUUCUGGAUGGUUGGAAAUCAGUUGUCGCGAUCUACUCAAACUGUAGCUUGACCUAUGACGAGGACAAGCUACCUGCUUUGGCGGGCCUAGCCAAGGCAUUUCUACGAGACAAACCAACUCGCACGUAUCUUGCAGGCAUGUGGAGAGAGAAUCUUGAAGGGCAGUUAGGCUGGAAGACUCUCCACUCCUUACCGCGCACCUUCGUGGUCAUGGGCAUCGUGACCAGUGCUAUUGAACCGUCCUUAUAUUAUAAGCUGGAGAAGCUCGGCCACUGUUUCCAUACCAUCCCGAGGAUUGAAAGCGUCAGCUGUGUAACUAAAGGACCACAGUAUUUCGGAAGGGUCUUGAGAGCACACCUUGAGGUCUCCGGUUACCUGGUUUUCCCAAUUGUUCAUAGUAUUGACGGUGAAAAGGAACUCCAGACCUGCCAGUUGCGGAUUGAACACACGUUUGUGUCUGCGUGCCUGUGCUGGGAUACUGUGGAUGUCCGUGCUAGUGUCAGGUUCACAAUUACAUGUCUACCCCUUGGUAUAGAGUAUGAUACUCGUACUCCUACUUGUAUUAUAUUGGAGCAGGUUGGGGGGAAUUCACCCAUCAAGUAUCAGCGAGUUGGUUUAUUGAAGGUUACUUUCGGUCAUGAUCGCAGUGACCAGCUUUGGAGGUUCGGAAUAGAAAAGCGGAUAAAAGAAAAUCGGUCUGUUGCCAAGUAUAACAAGGAGUUUUCUGUCAUACGUAUUGUAUGA